AUGGAAGAAGAUCAAAAGCAGAUUAUUGGGAGAGUUGGUCAGCCAAUGGGAAGCAACCAGUUCACAGUAGACGUCCCAGAUAAUCUAAUAAACAAAUCAAGCGAUGAUAGUACAUACACACAAGUUCUCGUUCAACUCGGUAGAAGCAUGACAAGUUCAAAGAAGACAAAAACGUGGGUUAAGAGGGGCUCAUUGUGCUAUUUAGAGCCAUACAACGACGAUAAGAUAAAAGUUUGGGGUGAGAUGGUCUCUAUUCUCUCAGCAAACGAUGAAAAAGCGUUAAAGAAGUCAAACAACUGGCCUAAAGCAUUCACUCAAACACCCCCACAGUCACAGAAUACUCAAGAGAAUGUCGAGAACGACGGAGACGAUGAUUUGUUCGUCAAUCCUAACAGAAGAACGGUCGUCGAAGAAUCCGAUGAUAGUGAAGAAGAAGAGAGUGAUUAAGUUAUGCAUAUAUAGAAUGAAAAUAUUACUUUGUACUACUACCAUCGAAUACUAAUGCUGUACCAUCGUCCGAGCCUGUUAUUAUUCUGCUACCAUCUUUAGAUACCGCGACACUAAGUACAGGCUCUGAGUGUCCCUCGAAUUCCUUCACUUGGCUACCAGUACGUGCAUCGAACAUACGGACUUUGUGAUCAACACAACCGACCGCAAAGAAUGGUGAUUGAUGUUGGAAUUCUAAUACUGUAAUUGGUUCCUCGAUGUUCAUUGUGUUACGUACUCUCAUCGUCGUCAAGUCGAUAACGUUCAAAACACCAUCUGUACCAGCAGUAACGACGACACCUGCAGGACCUUGUCCAGCUGCACCUUCAGGAAGGAAAGCGACGGCUUCUAUCGAUUCACCCUCCUUGUGACAUUCGAAACUACCGACAACUUGUCCGUUAGAAAGGUUAACAGCUCUGACACCACCGGCAGCACCACCUGCGACGACAAUCGUACCUGCCGGGUUGACAGCCAUAGCUGUUAUACCACCAUCGAGGUUGAAACGAGCGUCAUUUGCAGUGAUUUUAGUAACUGCUGUACCUUCAGUUGGUGACCACAUAAUGAGUGAGCCAUCAGAAGAUGAAGAAACGAUGGCUUUACCAUCUGGGGUGAAUCUACCGCAUGUAACCAUUUCUGUGUGUCCUGAGAAGACAUUCAUGUUAUCGCCCUUCGGUA